CAGGACGUUCUGCGCAGGCGCGCAUCAUUCGUCAGAAUAAAGGAUACGUCAGAAUUGUGUAGUCGAGACGACAACUUCUGUGUCCUUUUCAAAUAUAUUACUACUGGCCGACUCAGAUUAAGUCUGAGGCCGGUAAUAUCAACAGUGAGGACAAACCCAGCCUGCCUCUCUCCUUCCACACUGAGUCCAAACCUACAGUCACUGGGUCCUGAUUGUGACAGUGUUGCUCAGUUUGCACCGCAGAAUCCAGAGAUGGCAUCGGUGAAGCUGGAAGACUGCAGUCAAACACUGGAUCUGAAUAUCAACAUUAAAGAUGAAGAAGAGGAGGUGAAGAUUGGGAAAUCUGUUAAUGAUGGUAUGAGGCCGGUAACAUCAACAGAGAGGACAAACCCAGCCUGCCUCUCUCCUUCCACACUGAGUCCAAACCUACAUUCACUGGGUCCUGAUUGUGACAGUGGAGCCCAGUUUGCACCGCAGGAUCCAGAGAUAGCAUCAGUGAAGCUGGAAGACUGCAGGCAAACACUGGAGCUGAAUGUCAACAUUAAAGAUGAAGAAGAGGAGGAGGAGAUUGGGACGUCUGUUUCUCAUGGACGACUAGAAUUAAGUCUGAGGCCGGUAACAUCAACAGUGAGGACAACCCCAGCCUGCCUCUCUCCUUCCACACUGAGUAGAAACCUACAGUCACUGGGUCCUGAUUGUGACAGUGGAGCCCAGUUUGCACUGCAGGAUCCAGAGAUGGCAUCAGUGAAGCUGGAAGACUGCAGUCAAACACUGGAGCUGAAUGCCAACAUUAAAGAUGAAGAAGAGGAGGAGAAGAUUGGGAAAUCUGUUAAUCAUGGAGACCAUGUUGAGACAUUCUCUACAUCCAGAGAGCAACAGCAGGACGAUCACAGAGCUAAGAGGUCUCACCACUGCCCACAUUGUGAGGGGAUUUUCCCAUUUCUGUCAAAACUUAAAAUACACCUAAAAAUACACACAGGAGAGAAUCGGUAUUCCUGUACUGAUGGUGGGAAGAAUUUCACAUCAUUAAAGGCUCUAACAGUUCAUCAGAGAGUGCAUACAGGAGAAAAGCCUUACUCCUGCUCUGACUGUGUAAAAUGCUUCACAACAUCAACUGAGCUAAAAGUUCAUCACCGAACACACACAGGAGAGAAGCCUUACUCCUGCUCUGAUUGUGGAAAGAGUUUCUCUCAACUGGGCACCUUAAAACAACAUGAACGUAUACACACAGGAGAGAAGCCUUACUCCUGCUCUGACUGUGGAAAGAGGUUCUCUGUACUGGACCACUUAAAAACACAUGAACGUAUACAUACGGGCGAGAAGCCUUACUCCUGCUCUGACUGUGUAAAAUGCUUCACAACAUCAACUGAGCUAAAAGUUCAUCAGAGAACACACACAGGAGAAAAGCCUUACUCCUGCUCUGAUUGUGUAAAAUGCUUCACAACAUCAACUAGGCUAAAAGUUCAUCAGAGAACACACACAGGAGAGAAACCUUACUUCUGCUCUGACUGUGCGGUGAGUUUCUCUCUACUGGGCCACUUAAAACGACAUGAACGUAUACACACAGGAGAGAAGCCUUACUCCUGCUCUGUCUGUGGAAAGAGUUUCUCUCUACUGGGCCACUUAAAACGACAUGAACGUAUACACACAGGAGAGAAGCCUUACUCCUGCUCUGACUGUGGAAAGAGUUUCUCUCUACUGGGCCACUUAAAAAGACACCAACAUAUACAUAAGGGAGAGAAGCCUUACUCCUGCUCUGACUGUGGAAAGAGUUUCUCUCGACUGGGCCGCUUAAAAACACAUGAACAUAUACAUACAGGAGAGAAGACUAACUCCUGCUCUGAUUGUGUAAAAUGCUUCACAACAUCAACUGAGCUAAAAGUUCAUCAGAGAACACACACAGGAGAGAAGCCUUACUCCUGCUCUGAUUGUGUAAAAUGCUUCACAACAUCAACUGGGCUAAAAGUUCAUCAGAGAACACACACAAAAGUUAAGCUUUACUCCUCUUUUGACUAUGGGAAGAGUCUCAACUGAACGACUUAAACAACAUGAACAUAUACACAGGAGAGAAUCUUUUCUCCUGCUUUGACUGUGGAAAGCGUUUCUCUCGAAUGGGCCAGUUAAAGAGACACCAAGGUAAACAUAAAGGAAUUGAAUUGGAUCAUUGAAUUGGAUCAAAUGAAUAAAGUGUAGAACACUCUAUUGUAAUCCUAUUGUUUCUCACUUUGAGAGAACAAUGCAGAGGAAAGGGAGUGUUAUAGAAUGUUAGCCUCUCUUUACUUUACUGAUCAGUGUGCACUUGGUCAGUUUUGGUUAGUUUUGUUAGCUUCUACUGUGAGGAUAUAGAGAUGACGUUGUAUUUGCCCUAAGGGUUGAAUAUCCUGUGAGGUGUCUCACAAUGGAUUCUGAUGGUUGACUGGGUGGUACUGCUUCCCUCUGCAGUUUUCUGUGGGAAUGAGCUAGUAGACACAACCUACACUGAGUGUACAAAACAUUAAGGACACCUGCUCUUUCCAUGACAUAGACUGACCAGGUGAAAGCUAUGAUCCUUAAUGAUGUAGUUUUUUGUGUAUGUAUUUUGGAUCCUCAUUAGCUUUCAGCAAAAAUCAACAAACUGCGGUUGCAGUGGGCUAAGAAAUGAAAACACUGGACACUAGAAAAUUGGAAAACUAUUGCCUGGUCUGAUGAAUCCCUGUUCCUGCUGUUUCACGCUGAUGGGAGGACUAGGGUAUAGAGGAAACCACGAGUACAUGUAUCCAGUGGUGGAAAAAGUACCUUCAUAGAAAAUGACACAAUUAAAAGUGAAAGUCACCCAGUAAAAUACUACUUGAGAAAAAGUCUAAAAGUAUUUGGUUUUAAAUAUACUUAAAUAUCAAAAGUAAAAGUAUGAAUCAUUUUAAAUUCCUUAAAAUUAAGCAAACCAGACUGCACAAUUGUCUUGUUUUUUAUAUAUUACGGAUAGCCAGGGGCUCACUCCAACACAGACAUAAUUUACAAACAAAGCAUUUGUGUUUAGUGAGUCCGCCAGAUUAGAGGCUGUAGGGAUGACCAGGGAUGUUAUCUUGAUAAGUGUGUGAAUUAGACAAUUUUCUGUCCUGCUAAUCUUAAAAAUUGUAGCGUGUUCUUUUGAGUGUCAGGGAAAAUGUAUGGAGUAAAAAGUACUUUAUUUUAUUUUGGAAUUUAGUGACGAAAAGUAAAAGUUGUCAACAAUAUGAAUAAAUGUAAUAUUUAUAUAAAAAUAGUUAAGUACAGAUACAACUAAAGUAGUUCUUUAUUGAAUUUAUUCUUAAGUACUUUACACCACUGUAUGCAUCCAUGCUGUGUGUCAGCAUUGCAGGCUGGUGGUGUGAAGGGGUGGGGUGUGUUUUCAGAGAACACAUUGGGCCCCUUGAUAAAAGUUGCGCAAUGUUUGAAUGCCACAGGAUAUCUAAACAUCAUUGCCAAUCAGGUGCAUCCCUUCAUGGCAGCAGUGUAUCCAUCUGCAAAUAGAUUUUUUUCAGCAGGAUAAUGCCACACGGCUUGUCCAGGAAUGGUUCCAAGAACAUGACAGUGAAUUCAGCUUACUGCAGUGGCCUGCCGAGUCACCAGAUCUCAAUCCAAUUGUGCAUCUAUGGGAGGAGAUGAAACAAGCUAUUCGGAGUAGAGAUCCACUCCCAGCAAACUUGCCACAGUUGUGGGAAGCAUUGGAGUCAACAUGGGCCAGCAUCCCUGUGGAACGUUCUCAACACCUUGGGCAGUCUACGCCCCAAUGAAUUGAGGCUGUUCUGAGGACAAAGGGUGGGUGCAACUCAAUAUUAGGAAGGUCUUCCUAAUGUUUUGUACACUGUGUAUAUCAGAUAAAGGUUGUGUGAUCAGUUUUCAGCAUUAGUUUGGCUGGAUUAUUUUAUAUUACUAAUCAACUUUUGUUUAAUGAUAAACAGGCUAUGAAUCAUCUAAUUGUGUUUAUUAAAUUGUAUUUUAAUACUAGAAUCAUUAUUUUAGUCAUUGAUGAUGAAUGUAUUUGAAUAACUGUAUUGAAGUUAAUUGAUCUGGCGGCAGGUAGCCUAGCGGUUAAGAGUGUUGGGCCAGUAACUGAAAGGUCGCUAGUUUGAAUCCCGAGCCGACUAGGUGAAAAUCUGUCAUUGUGCCCUUGAGCAAGCCAAUUAACUCUUAUUUGUCCUGUUGCUCUGGAUAAGAACAUCUGCUGAAUGACAAAAAUGUUCUGAAAAAUGUUUGUACAUGAAUUUAUGCUGGGCAACUGCUUUUUUUCUCUUGUGUAUAAUUCAAUGUAAUAAACUGUUUGAAGUGAAA